AUGCUAUAGUAUUUAUUAUUUAUUAAUAAUUUGGAAAACAAAGUGCAUUCAUAAUGAACUUAUCUUUAAGAAUUGGUGUACUAAUUGUUCUAAUAUUUUUGGCAAUAGAGAGUUCGUUUAGUAUAUAUUUAUUAAAACAAAAUAGAAAGUCUCAAAAUGUCGAGUAUUGUUACGCAAAUGAUCCAUCUCCAUCAAAACGUUUUGCAACAAAAACUGUAUAUGAUUUUAAUAAAAAUAUCACGAAGCCAACUUUACCCGCAAAAUGCAAACCUGUUCAAUUAUGGAGUGUGAUUCGUCAUGGAGUUCGAUUACAAGAGACUGAGGAAGUAUUAAUACUUCAAAACGAUUUACCAAAAAUUCAAGAAGAAAUUGUAAAAAAUUAUGAAAAAAAAACUUAUAAAUCUCGUUUAUGUGAGGAAGAUUUUAAUAAUAUUAAAAAUUGGAAAUUGGAUCCAUUUGUAAGUUUUGAAACUGCUUAUGGAUUAGCGGAUUCUGGUGCACAACAAGUAACUGAGUUAGCUGAUCAUUUUCGAAGAGACUAUUCAAGUUUAUUUGAUUUUCCUUAUAAUGAAGAUAACUAUGUUGUACAUUCAUUUGUUGAUCCAUGUGUCACUAAAACUUGUGAUAUAUUUCUGGAUCGUAUAUUUAAUCACAGUAGCAGAAAUUACAAGAAAGAUUCACUGAUAAACGACGAACGAUUUCGAUUUCCAAUGGAUUUACCAGAACCCAACCGUUUUCUAGAAUCGCCUAUGAUACAAGAAAUGAUAUUGGAUGUCAGUGAAAAAUUAGGAUAUAUUGAAACACCAUUAAAUUGGACAAGCGUAAAAUUAUUGUACGAUAUGUGUCGAUACGAUAACGCAUGGCACUUAAAUGAAUUAUCGCCAUGGUGUGCUGUAUUUACGACCGAACAAAAAAACUUAUUUGAAUAUCAUGAAGACUUAUUUUGCUAUUAUGAAUACGGAUACGGUAAUGAAACUGCUAUAGAUGCCGGAUGUACAACUGCCAAAUCAAUGAUGUAUUAUUUUAUGAAAACUGCAAAUAAUGAAUUGAAUCAACCAAAAGGAAUACUAAUUUUUUCACAUCGUGCUACUUUUGAAGGAUUAUUUGUAAGUUUAAAUGCCAAAAGAGAUUCAUACUUAUUGACAGCUGAUAAUUAUGAAUAUGCAACAGAUCGAAAAUGGAAAACAACUGAUGAUAUUCCAUUUUCAGGUCAUGUUACAGCUACAUUUUAUUCGUGUGAUGAUAAUGAAAAAUACGUACAAUUUAUAAUAAAUGAAGAACCAUUAGAAGUAGAUUUACCAGGAUGUGUACAAGGAAUAUGUCCAUGGCAAUCAGUUUUCAAUAGAUUAAAACCUAUUGCUGAUAAUUGUGUUAUUGAUUGAAGUUAGACAAUUUUUUUAAUAAAAACAUUUAAUAUAA